CGGCGGGAGAGGCGGGAGCGGCGGGGAGGACGGGUCCGCUGCAGGCAGGUCUGGUCUGCUCUGCCUGCCCGCCUGCCUGUGGGGAUGUGGGGAACGGUUGCAGGCAGGGGAAGGCGUGACCUGCAUGGAAAAUGCCAGACAACUCCAGACGCACACACACUCAGGCGCGCACACGCUCACAAAUCUCUGGCUGGAGAUAAGGCGGACAGCGGAGCGGUUGGAAGGAGGCAAAGCCGUCCCCAGCAAACCAACCAGCAAUCCUCCUCCCUUAACCCAUCGGCAAACCCUGCCGGCAGCAAAAUGAGGUACCCGCUGACCUGGUGCUUUUGUGCCUUGCUGCUUUGCAUAGCAGAUGCUAUUGAGCUGACGGACAUGUUUGGGGAAAUCCAGUCUCCCAACUUCCCUGAUUCCUAUCCCAGUGACUCGGAAGUGACAUGGAAUAUCUCUGUGCCUGAUGGAUUUAAAAUCAAGCUGUACUUCAUGCAUUUUGAUUUGGAGUCAUCCUACCUCUGUGAAUAUGACUAUGUGAAGAUCGAAGCUGAGGACCAGGAGCUGGCAACCUUCUGUGGCAGGGAGACAACAGACACGGAGCAGGCUCCUGGCCAGCAGGUGAUUCUUUCUCCAGGGCCCUACAUGGGGCUCACCUUCAGGUCUGACUUCUCCAAUGAGGAACGCUUCACCGGCUUCGAUGCCCAUUACACAGCUGUGGAUGUGGAUGAGUGCCUGGAGAAAAGUGACGAGGAGCUGGCUUGUGACCACUACUGCCACAACUACAUUGGUGGGUACUACUGCUCCUGCAGGUUUGGCUACAUCCUCCACUCCGACAACAGGACCUGCAAAGUGGAGUGCAGUGACAACCUCUACACCCAGAGGAGUGGGGUGGUCACCAGCGCUGACUUCCCCAGCCCCUACCCCAAGAGCUCAGACUGUCUGUACCGCAUUGAGCUGGAGGAGGGCUUCUUCAUCACCCUGAGCUUCGAGGACAGCUUUGAUGUGGAAGACCACCCUGAGGUGACCUGUCCAUAUGACUACAUCAAGAUCAAAGCUGGCCAUAGGGAGUUUGGCCCUUUCUGUGGAGAGAAGUCCCCAGGACGCAUUGAAACCCAAACCAACAGUGUGCAGAUCCUCUUCCACAGUGACAACUCAGGAGACAACAGGGGCUGGAAGCUAUCAUACACAGCAAUUGGGAAUACAUGCCCACUGGUGCAGCCACCAAUCAAUGGGAAAAUUGAGCCUUCCCAAGCCAAGUACACCUUCAAAGAUCAGGUUGUCAUCAGCUGCAACACUGGAUACAAAAUACUGAAGGAUGACCUGGAAAGUGACUCCUUCCAGAUCGAGUGUCUGAAGGACGGAACCUGGAGUAACAAGAUCCCUAUCUGCAAAAUUGCUGACUGCAAAGAGCCGCCGGAGCUGGAGCACGGAUUUGUCACCUUCUCCUCCAGGAACAACCUCACCACGUACCAAGCAGCCAUCCAGUACCACUGCCAGCACCCCUACUACCACAUGGCCCCCAACAGCAGCGCCACCUACACGUGUGAUGCAUCUGGGGUAUGGAGGAGUGAAGAGCUGGGGACCAAGCUGCCAUCCUGCCAACCAGUGUGUGGCCGGCCGGCUCGUUCUCUGCCUGGCAUCAUCAAGCGCAUCAUUGGCGGGCGGAACGCGGAGCCUGGCUUCUUCCCCUGGCAGGCCCUGAUUGUGGUGGAGGAUAUGUCCCGGGUGCCCAAUGAUAAAUGGUUUGGCAGCGGGGCCCUGCUCUCAGACUCCUGGGUGCUGACAGCUGCCCAUGUGCUCCGCUCCCAGCGGCGAGACAAGACUGUUAUCCCUGUCUCCAAGGAGCACGUCACAGUCUACCUGGCCCUUCAUGAUGUGAGGAACAAGAUGGAGGCCAUCAACCGAACAGUGGAGAGGAUCAUCCUCCACGAGGACUUUGACAUCCAAAACUACAACCACGACAUCGCUCUGGUCAAGCUGAAGGAGAAGGUGACCAUGGGGAACUACGUCAUGCCCGUCUGCCUGCCCCAGUUUGAGCACGAGCUGGAGGGGCCUCACCCCAACACGCUGGGGUUGGUGGCUGGCUGGGGUAUCUCCAACCCCAACAUCACAGUGGAUGAGAUCAUCAGCUCAGGGAUGAGGACACUGUCUGACAUCCUGCAGUACGUCAAGCUGCCAGUGGUGCUGCAUGCAGAGUGCAAGACCAGCUACGAGUCGCGGUCGGGGAACUAUAGCGUGACUGAGAACAUGUUCUGUGCUGGGUACUAUGAAGGUGGGAAAGACACUUGCUUGGGAGACAGCGGAGGAGCCUUUGUCAUCCAGGACCCAGGAACUCGGAGGUGGGUGGCCCAAGGGCUGGUCUCAUGGGGUGGCCCUGAGGAGUGUGGCAGCAAGCAAGUGUAUGGCGUGUACACCAAAGUCUCUAACUAUGUGGACUGGGUGGAGAAGAAAACAGGCUCCUUGGAGAGGUGGACAUUUCUGGACCCAGAGCUGGAGAGAUGAGUGACUGAACAGCCUGCUACUACAGCUCUCCUUCUUGUUGUUCUUGUUUAAUGUGCUCCAGACUCUGGUCUUUUGCAAGCAGUAGCCACGAUGCUCAGCACAUGCCAGGCCUUUGCCAGCCCUCCGCACCCUUUGUUUCGCUUGGUCUAGCAUCCUUUCUCUCAUGCUCUUAGGAAAUACUUGCUAGGGAGCUGGGGAAAGGGCAAGAUCCCAGCUGGUGUCCUCAGCUUGUGCUGUUCAGCUCCAAACCUCACUCACAUUCCCAGGAAGCCUCUCUCUAAGACAUGACAAAGGCACAGUGAUGGAGACAGGAUUUCCCUGCCACCAAAGCUUUGGGCCAUGCACAAGGAAUUGCUUCCAGUCCCAGGGUCCUCCAGCCAGAUCUUCCUAUCAGACAACACAACUGCAGGAGCUAGAGAGGCUACAGACAGCACAGGAAAACUAUGUGGGCAGGCCUGGACCUUACAGAUCCCCCACAAAUGAAGGGUAGAAAAUCUUUUCUGUACAAGGAGUGGUGAGAGAGCCCUUGGAUUUUGCUAUUAUUUUUAUUUGCAAAAAAAAUUCCCUUCCUGAUGGCAACUCAGGUGAUGUCCACAUCGUCCAGGGGAUGUGAAGAUGCAUCCACAUUAUCACUAAACUUCAGCCAUGGCUGGAAAGCUAAUUGCUGCCAAGUCAGCACCAAUCAAAGUGGGCUACCCUUACCCCACUAUGCGGGAUGGCUGUCCCACAGAGGAGACAGAGAGCAGGGUUUAGACUCAAUGUCAACCUCACCUCCAGCCACCAAAACAUCUCCAGUCCUCUUAUUACUUCAAGCUCUCUCCAGUACUACUACCAGACUAGCUCUUGGAAUAGUUUUCAGCCUCGACAGACCUCCCAAGGAAAGUUUUCCAACACAUGCAACAGCAUCAUAUCUGCUGCACCUAAGCAAUACUUAUUUUCCGCAAAAUAACUCCAGAUAAAAUGUCCUUCCUUGGGAUUUCACCUCUUCUUUAGGGGCCUGGGUAAUCCUGCAGGGCACUGGAUUCAUCCUUGCAAGAACCUAGUCCCUUUUAACUUUUUGUAAGACCAUUGAUUUGGAUGAUUUACAGGUUACUGAUGCUGUUCAGUGUAUGUUCAUGGUUCUCGUGGCCUAUUGUAUUUGUCCAAGUCAUUCUAGAUGGGGCCCAACUCACCUAACACACCAGGAAUAUUCUUAUCUCCUCAGCUUCCCCUAAUGGCCCAAGCAAACAAGUAACCCCACCAAGGACCAAGGUCAGGUGAGCUUUCCUUCCUCCAGCAGGGACAUCAGCUCCUUCACUUGCCAGCAAAGCCCUCCUAGAGCUGUAAGCAACAUGCCAAGAUUGCCCCCCUGUCCUCACUGAGUGCCUCCUGCCUUCUUUGGGCUUCUCCUCCUCUGGUUUUGCCACGCAAGGAAGAAGUCAACAAUGUAUGAAACGCUGCCAUUUUGCCAUCAUACAAAAAGCCAUUUCUAGAGCCUAGAGGAGAAGAAGGUCUAAUGAAGGUCAAAUCUGCAGACACGCUAAGAACUGUACUCUUUGGCUCUGUCAUGUAACUGCAAGGUAUUUAUAUAUAUAUAUAUAUAUUUCCUUUUUGAUACUACAUUCUGUAAAAUAUCCCACAUCAUGUAAGGAUGGUUUUGUGUAAUCUUCCUCCUGAGAACAAAAUAAAACUUUGAU